CAGUAGACUUAUGUAACAGACAUAUUCCUGGCACAAAGCUGGCAAGAUCCGCGCUUACGUUUCCCAGAGAACAUGAGUGAAGAAUAUAGGAUUUUAGACGUCGAUUGGCUGCACAGCAUUUGGAGACCGGAUUGUUUUUUCAAAAACGCGAAAAGUGUCACUUUUCACGAAAUGACAAUUCCAAACCAUUAUCUAUGGUUGUACCAUGACAAAACAUUGCUGUACAUGUCCAAGUUAACCCUCGUAUUAUCUUGCGCCAUGAAAUUUGAGUCGUAUCCCCAUGAUACGCAAAUAUGUUCCAUGAUGAUAGAGAGCUUGUCGCAUACUGAUCACGACUUGGUUUUUAUAUGGAACGUAACUAAUCCGUUGGUAGUAAACCCUGAUAUUGAACUUCCUCAGCUCGACAUCUCGAAUAAUUACACAGCCGACUGCACAAUCGAAUAUUCAACGGGUAACUUCACGUGCUUGGCGAUUGUUUUUAAUUUACGACGUAGACUGGGCUAUCAUCUAUUUCACACUUACAUACCGUCAGCUUUAAUAGUUGUUAUGUCUUGGAUAUCGUUCUGGAUUAAACCGGAAGCAAUACCGGCGAGAGUGACGCUGGGCGUAACUUCCCUAUUGACUUUAGCUACGCAGAACACACAAUCUCAGCAGUCUCUUCCUCCCGUUUCCUACGUAAAAGCUAUCGAUGUCUGGAUGUCGAGUUGUUCCGUUUUUGUAUUUUUGUCGCUGAUGGAAUUUGCAGUCGUAAAUAACUAUAUGGGGCCUGUGGCAACGAAGGCAAUGAAAGGCUACUCAGAUGAGGACAUAAACUCGGAGACUAAUAAUUUUCGAGCAGUGGAACGUCCUUGUUUCGAAAGUCAGACACAAUACGAUACGUUUUGUCAUAGUCGAAGUACGGCAAUUUGUAUUGAUCAGUUUUCCAGAUUUUUUUUUCCUUUUUCAUUUUUUAUUUUAAAUGUUGUAUAUUGGUGCACAUUCCUUUGACGGAAGCCAUCGCACAUGUAUUAUUGUUGAUCAAUAAAGAAAUCAAAUGUUACGCGGUA